UUUCCACUGAGAACAGCAAAAUUAUGGCAGAAAAUAUUUCUCUAAAAAUGCUAACACUGACGUCACAAUUGCAAUUUUUGUCUCUUCCAAUACACAAAAUAUAAAACAGAUAAAAUUACAUUGUCAAAAAUUACAUAACGCAGUAUGACGUCAUUCUGAAGGUUUUCAGAAAAAUAUUUGGCGAAUUUUUUCCAGGUAAUCUUAGAGUGGAAAAUGAAAUGUCUAAUUGGGAUUUCUGAUUCUCUUUUAAAGUAGAAAGUAUAUGAACUCCUUUGGUUAAAUAUUAGCAAAAGUGCAAUGAUAAGUUUACCAAAGUUACGCGACCUAUAUAUUUUUUCAGUGUACCAAUUAAAUGAGAAAAACUUAGAAUGCAAAUAAAUUAAGUUUUAAUUUUAAAAAUGCAAAAAGUAAUAAGGAAAAUAAAAGGUCCGUAAGAAAUGUAUACAAAGGCACAGAAACGGCUCUCAGGUAUAACAUACAAAAUUUCGAUAAGAAAUCGAUAAUGCAAUUUUCAAAAUAGUUAAAAGUUUCUUGUACGAAAAGUUUGAUUUUAGUUUCAGCGCCUCUUACGGUCAUUUUAAGAAGUUGUAAUGUUCUAAGAUACUACUUGUAGAGUUUCACGAACCACUAUAUAAUACGUAUUAGUUAAGAAUGUCGUUAAUCAACAAUUAUAAUGCAAAAAUGAAUUUAUUCCAAGACAUGAAUUUUUAGCAAUUAAUCUUAAUCCGAAGCCUAUUUUAUCUCUGAAUGUUUCGUAAAAAAAAACACUUUUAUAUUGCCUUAAAAAAAUUUCAGGGUUAUGCAUGCAUACCCUCAGAAUUUUAUUUUUUGUACGAUUAGUUAGAUAAAAUGUCGUUAAACGAUUUAACAACGACCAUCUGCUCUUACAUUUGAAAAAUAUAUAUUUAACGAGGGGUUCAUUUUGUAUAUCUGCUGCACCUUUUUAACGGCCGUAUUUUACUUUUUCAUCGUUAUUCACAUAAAUCAUUUCCCAUUUUACAUCGUUAUUCCUUUAAUAGGCUUUUGUAAAAAGAAUACAUAAAUUAAAAAAACUCAUAAAUUAAUUAAAAUUUAUGUUGGUUUUAUUUUCUGCGAAUUCUGUCAAUUAGAUUUUUUUAAAUAGCUCUUACAUUUUCUUUGAUUAAUCAUGAAGGAAAUUGUGAAUUUCUGUGGAAAACAGAUUAUAUCUCAAAUCUACUAUAUGCGUAUACACACAUUACGGAUUUCGAGCUUUCGUUAUAUAGAAUCGUAUGGAGGGGUACUAAUGGGAUGUUUGUAAUUGAAAAAAAAAUUGAUAAAUUAGUUCACAUGAUAUGAUUUUUUCGUGUAUUGUGAGAAAUAAUUUAAUACGAAUUAGUUUUGUGUAUAUUAGCACAAGUAUGAGUGUAUGAUGAUCAUAAGGGCAAGAUUGUAUGAGAAGUACAUAAAAUACAUAGCGGACUGAAAAAUUCCCCCCACCAUUGAGAAAAGUGCUCAUAAAACGAAUAAUGUCUCAAGCGACAAGCUGAAUGGUUGAAAUGAAAACGCCGCUUAUAAAUUGAAAGCAUGUGAAGUCCGAGGCUUCAUUCACGAGUUGUCUGCCGUUGGGAACACUUGUUCGUUUCAAGAGCAAAAGAAAACGCAAAAUUCUAUCGCUUCCGAUUGUUCUUAUUCAUUUGCUUGUGUUACAUUGAAGAAUUGUAAAAGUGAUUUUAAUUUUUUGGUGCUAAGCAAAUAACAAAGCUUCCUUUAAAAAAGAAUUUACUUACACGGUUAAGGUAAAAAAAACUUCCGUAUAAAAAAAAUGGAGAAAAUCCCGCAAUUGUGUCUAUUUCUACUGAUUGGACUGGCUAUUAGUUCAACAACAAAUGGUGCAUCAAUCUUGAAUAAGAGGGGUGUGGCCGAAAGUGAAGCUCCAAAGCCAAAAUAUUGUCAAAACAACUCACCGUGUGGCUGGGGUAUUUACACACCAUUUACACGACAAGUAGACUACUUCAUGAAGAAUACAUGCGUCUGUGAGGAGCACAAGCAGUGCGUCCGUACAGAUGAUGAUCUCUCCGUAAGUGCCUACGUGUACAGAUGCAGGGACCUUGGGCAGAGGAAGAAAGUUGACAAUUCCUGAAGAUUCUCUCCUUAAUGCUUUUCUAUCGAGAUAGGAAGUGAAAUAAGACAAAUUGUCUCCUUUAGUGCCAUUCUCUUCAUGAUACAAAAAAAAUCUACACACACAAAAAAAAUAUAAGAAAAAGAAACAGAAAAUUCAUUUCAUUUAUAAAAUUACAAUAAAUUAAUAAAAUAAAAGGUUAUAAAAAAAAGAAUUUAGGGUGCAUAAGCAUAUAGGCAAGUGCAAUUUAUUAGUUUUAUACAUACAAACAUAUUUUCUCCUCCAUAACUGCAUAAACUUCUAUUUAUGGCCAAUGUACUCUGACAUUUUGUAUUUUUUUUAAUAAUAUAAUUUAAAAAAAAAUUAAAUUAUAAUAUAUGAUAAAUUGGAUUUACUAAUUUUAUUUAAUUUAAUCGGAUCACAUAGACAUGUAAAACAAUAAAAGAAAACUGACACAAGCAUAAAAGAAAACUUGUUACAUUUAAUAUGUACUAAAAAAAACAUAUUUAAAGAUCACAAAAAUUGAUAUCUCAUGAGAGAGGUCCUGUUCCUUCCUACUUAUUAGUACUUUAUUUAGUUUUGUUAGAAUUUUAAUAAUUUUUGUAGUUAUAUCAGCAGCAUUAGGCUUAGCCCAAUUAGCUUUUAUGCGUGUAAAAUCUUUCUUAAACAAUAUUUGUUUUGAGCUCUAUGACCAAUUUAGUAAAUAGAUAAUCAUUUUAUAUUCUAAAUUAUAUUUUAGGGUUUAAUUAAAGAAAAAAAAUAUUGCAGUUUACAUAGAAACAGUAUUUGUUUUCACAAACAUCUAUAUUUCAUUUAACACCCUCAAAACAAUAAACAAAUAAUUUUUAUAUUUUGAAAAAAAGUAGAUUACAAAAUAAAACAAUUUAAAUUGAAACAUUUUAUUUAAAUAAAUCCUCAGUAUUGUCAUCCAUAAACAUAAAAAAAAUAAACGUAAUAUUUUGAAAACUUACCAUCUACAAUGUUUGAUUUGUCACAUUGCUCGGGAAUUAACAGAAAAUUCAACAACAACAAAAUGCCGAAGAAGUGAAGAAAACAUAAAUUGUAACAAUCAUAUAAAAAGAAAUAAAAAAAAUUAUGAAUUAA